AAUUGUCGCAAUUAAAAUGAUUGAUAAAAAUUUUCAAUGAUAUUUUUCUGCGAUUAGAUGUUACAUUCUAUUUUAAUUUUUCAAUAAAAUGUUAAGAGAGAUUAAUAUAUUUAAUGUGACGUAAUGCGCAUGCGUCGCGCGAAUCGUUUAACCAUCUUCACGACGUAAACAACGCCAUUACUCUAUCAAUUUGUGCCAGCCAGACACUCGUUCAUGUUAUUCUCGUUAAUUACAGAUAAUUAAUAAAUUUUAUCUAACGUAGACUCUCUUUUUAUAUAUCAAUCGAUAGUUAAACGCAUGAUUUUCAUGGAGUCGUGUUCACAAGACGGCUCAUUAUCGUAUAUAUAUAUAUAUAUAUAUACACAAUAUAUAUAUAUAUCUUAUCUGUAUAUAUUAAAUCAAUAAACAUGUGAGACGAUGUUGUUCACAGUGUACUAGCACUAUUUAUACUAACUCAACUAACCCGAUUAUUGUUAUGUGCAAUAGAUGUAUAAAUUACUCAAACUUAUAAAAUGAUAUGAUAAUGCAUGGCGGAGUAUUUCCCGCUUACAAUUGUGGUUCAUAUUUUGUCCAUACCUGUCGCUGAAGUCACACACGCUUCGAGCGAAAGGUGAAUUGACUCAACGCGGUAUUUUGUCGAUUUGUUAAUUUUUAAAUGAAUUUUUGUUGAUAAAAAAUUAUUACUAUGCAUUAUAUCAAUAUGUUAUAAUAAGUACAAAAUAUAUUAGAUUAAGUAUUCGUAACCUCGAUAUACGUAAACAUUAAAAACUGUUACAUUAUUUUCGUAGUUAUAUGGAUAAAAUAUACUUAAUAUUAGACACCUUAUUUUAAUGCAAGUUUUUAAAAUUUAAUAUAUUUUAAAAUUUUCUAAUGAAAAAUGUCAGAUGCUUUUGAAGAAAUACAAGCAAUUAAAAUCAAAAGGAAUAGUUUGCGUGAAAAAUUACAAAAACGGAAAAGAGAGAGACAUGAAUUAUUUACUCUUACUUCCUCCAUUCCAUCUACUUCAACAGCUGAUUCACCUCUUCCUGGUGAUUCCAAUACGUCUUUAAUAAAAUCUGACCAUAAUGAAUACGAAAGGGAUAUUCUUUGUAUAUUGCACGAAUCUUUACCAAAUCUACCAAUUACAUCUGCAGAAAUAAUAGAUCAACUUCGUAAAAAUCUUAAUGCUGAUGUGUCUUCCUCGGAUAUCCAUAAAAUUUUAGAGAAAUUAGCCGCACAAGAGAUUAUUAAAAUCAAAGAAGUCACAGAAAAUGAAGUUUUUGGAUAUACAGUUCUCUCUGUCGCAGAAUCACAAUCAUCAUGUCUCUCUCAAUCUGAUGAUACAGAAAAUCCUGAGAGCGCAGAGACAUCCGCAUCUGAAUUAAACGAUUAUAUACCUUCAGAGAAACAGAUGAAAAUAGAUAAAAAGAAUACAGAAGAUAUAAUGUCACUGAUCUCAAUGCCGACAAUAAGAGAAAAAGAAAGUAAAAAAGUAGGAGAGCAAAUCUUGGAUCUUCUGUCAAAACAAACAUCUAAAGAAAAAUCAUUAGCUGAGAGAUUUCGUUCUCAAGGGGGUGCACAAGUUAUGGAAUUCUGUCCACAUGGAACGAGAGUAGAUUGUGCCAAAUUAAAUGGUGGGCCAGGUUUUGCAGAAAAAUGUAAAAAAUUACAUUUCAAAAAAAUUAUACAAAGUCACACAGAUGAAUCAUUAGGCGAUUGUAGUUUUCUUAAUACUUGUUUUCAUAUGGAUACAUGCAAAUAUGUCCAUUAUGAAGUAGAUGGUCCUACUGCACAAAUAAAAGAACCAAAUGAUUCUGAUGGUAUUAACAGUACUAUAAUUAAUAAGACAACAAACGUUGAUAGUAAAAAUGGUAGUAGCACUAGUUGUGCAAGUAGCGUAGGUAGCGAGUUAACUCUUUAUCCACCACAAUGGAUACAAUGUGAUUUACGAUAUCUAGAUAUGACGGUUCUCGGGAAAUUUGCUGUCAUUAUGGCUGAUCCACCAUGGGAUAUUCAUAUGGAAUUACCAUAUGGUACAAUGUCAGAUGAUGAAAUGAGGCAAUUAGGAAUACCUGCGCUUCAAGAUGAAGGGCUUUUAUUUUUAUGGGUAACAGGAAGAGCAAUGGAAUUAGGAAGAGAGUGUCUUCAAUUAUGGGGUUAUGAAAGAGUUGAUGAAAUUAUUUGGGUAAAAACAAAUCAAUUACAAAGAAUUAUAAGGACUGGAAGAACAGGUCAUUGGUUGAAUCAUGGAAAAGAACAUUGUUUAGUGGGUAUGAAAGGAAAUCCACGUAUUAAUAAAGGAUUAGACAGUGAUGUUAUUGUAGCAGAAGUUCGUGCAACUAGUCACAAACCAGAUGAGAUUUAUGGUAUUAUUGAACGCAUGAGUCCUGGAACAAGAAAAAUUGAAUUAUUUGGUCGUCCACAUAAUGUACAACCUAAUUGGAUUACACUUGGUAAUCAAGUAGAUGGAGUACAUUUGAUUGAUCCACAAUUGAUUAAAGCCUUUAAAAAGCGUUAUCCCGAUGGAAAUUCAAUGAAACCUACAAAAUCUUAAAAUCAAUUGUACAUUCAAAAAUGAACAAUUUCAUAAUUUGUCUCACUUACAUUCAUACCUUAUUACUCUUUACAGAAGUACAAAAAUAUAUAAUUGUACAUAUAUUUUUAUAAAAACAUGUACAUAUCUUAUACUAUAUUAUUUAUAAUAUAAAAUAGUCUUGAAAUAUUUAUUGUAUAAUAAAGAAACU